UGUGUAGCUCGUAUCACGCAGCUGGUGCGGGGUUUCUCCAGCACGUGGAAGCAGUCUGUGGAGGCCUUGAGUCAAGAUGUCAUGCACUCCUUCACCAACUUCAAGAACGGAACCAGCAUCAUUCAGGGAGCGUUGACCCAGCUCAUCCAGUACUAUCAUGGUUUCCAUAAGGUCCUCUCCCAGCCAGCGUUUCGCAGUCUGGCAGUGCGCUCCGAGCUCAUAAACCUCCAUCAUCUGAUGGUGGAAGUCAAGAAGCACAAACCAAACUUCUGAUCUCGCACAAGAAUCCUCAGCAUUUGUGGUAGCUACACUGCAGAAAUCAUUCUUUGGGAGGACCUGAGAAUCAAUGUACACAUUCAUAAAACAUGAUGCAUUUCCCUGAUAAGCAAAACUAGGUAAAAAAGUAAAGUCAUGAAGUCUGUACUUGGCUGUGAGUAUCAUUUGUCUGGCGUCACUGGCAGAUUUUUUGAUUUGUAUUUUUUACUCAGGAAUAACAGUGUAAACGAUCUUACAGUCCUCUUACAGUUUCCUUAUCAGGUGAAAGUAACUUGUCUUAAAGGGGUUUUUUUU